UCAACAGUGUCCAAUUAUUCCCAGAAAAGAAAAAUGGAAUCCUAUUAUAUUCUGGCUUUAAUAGCAGGAAUUUUAGUUACUUUUGUAUUGCUGGUUUUAAUUGCAUCUGAUGAUAAUUUCCUCAAGGCACAGAUUUCUCCUGAUGUUGACCAGCCAGCAAAGCUCCGCUUGUAUCACUAUUUGUACGCUCUGAYGGAAAUUCUGUCAAACAACUUAAGCCGCAUGGGUAUUGUAAAGGAGCACACACUUGUCAGGCUGAUCACAGGUGGACUCCCGGCAUACUGGGACUCUCRGCUCUUCAUCAAGGAUCUGAAUUUUGAUGGGGUGCCUGUGAGGAUUUACCUCCCAAGAGAACCAUCUGCAAGCAAACGGAGAGGAGUCAUCUUCUUCCAUGGAGGAUGUGGCAUUUUUGCAAGCAUCAGAACUUACGAAAGAGCAUGCCGAUACUUAGCCAGAAAAUCUGAUUCAGUGGUUGUGUCUGUUGGGUAUCAUUUAGCACCUGAGCACAAGUAUCCAGCCCAAACUCUGGAAUGCAUCAGAGCUACUGUGCACUUCCUGAAGAAUGCAGAGACCUACGGGGUGGAUCCCACUCGAAUUGUUGUUUGUGGGGACAGUGUAGGGGGCACAUACACUGCCAGUGUUUGCCAAGAAUUAGGGCAAAGGACAGAUAUCCCAAAGAUCCGUGCCCAGGUGCUGAUCUAUCCAUUUCUCCAAGCACUGAACUUCAAUCUGCCAUCUCACCAGAAAAAUGCUGCCACCGCCUUCCUGUCCCGGGAGCACACAGUCCAUUUUAUUCUCAAGUACCUGCGUAAGGAUUGCUYCCUGAAGGAACCAAUUUUGGCUGGUUCUCAUGUUCCUGAGAGUAUAAAUUUGAAAUAUAGGAAAUGGAUAAAUCCAGAUCUUAUCCCAGAUGUGUUUAAACUGGGCUAUAAACCACCACACCCCACUUUGUUUUUACCUCAAGUCCAUGAAGAAGUGCAAGAACUGUUUGAGCCGUGGAUCUCCCCGCUGCUGGCAGAGGAUUCUGUUAUUUGUGGCCUGCCUGACACUUGUAUCAUUACCUGCGAGCACGAUGUGCUCAGGGACGAUGGGCUGUUGUACAAAAAACGCUUGGAGGACAACAAUGUACGGGUGACAUGGCACAACAUGGAAAAAGGCUUUCACUGUGCAGUGGGAUUUUUUGGAUAUGGUAUUUUCUCUUUCCCAUCAUCAAGUACAAUUAUGAAACACACUGUAGACUUUAUUAAAGGCUGUUAAAUAAUUUUUUUGCAUACAGU